AAAAACGCCUCAGCUUCAUCGACCUUGAGCAGGACUAAUGCCUACCAACGAUUGAAUUGAACACAUCCUCAAGACUGUUUGAGUCGAUUACGCAAGGCUACAGAGGGCGACUGCGCUUCACCCGGCUGUGGCGUUGAGACCAUUCUUUUCUCAUUUUCGUCUUCGCUUGAUUUCAUUUGAACUCUAGAAGUUAAAUUUGGGUGGACCAUUCCUCAUAAGUUGGGGACGCACAAGACAGCAAGUAAUGGCCAUGCACCGAGCUCUUUCCUCAGUCACUAGGCUGGGCGCCGCACGCUGUGCGGCCAGCUCGUGGCCGGCGACGCGGCUGGCGCACACCCUGCCUGACCUGCCGUACGACUACGGCGCCCUGGAGCCCGUCAUCAGCGCCGAGAUUAUGCAGCUGCACCACUCGAAACACCACCAGACCUACGUCAACAACCUCAACGUGGCAGAGGAGAAACUGGCCGAGGCCGUCGCCAAAAACGACACGAGCACCAUCAUUUCCCUGCAAGGAGCUCUGAAGUUCAACGGCGGCGGACACAUCAAUCACUCGAUCUUCUGGCAAAACCUCUGCCCGGGCGGCAGCGGUGAGCCCGAGGGCGAGCUGAUGGCAGCAAUCCAGCGCGACUUCGGCAGUUUCGAGGCACUGAAGCAGCGCCUGUCGGCCGCCACCGUGGCUGUCCAGGGCUCCGGAUGGGGCUGGCUCGGCUACGACAAGGAGACCGGACGCCUGCGCGUGGCCACGUGCGCCAACCAGGACCCGCUGCAGGCCACCACCGGUCUGGUCCCUCUGUUCGGCAUUGAUGUCUGGGAGCACGCCUACUACCUGCAGUACAAGAACGUGCGACCCGACUACGUCAACGCGAUCUACAAGGUUGCCAACUGGAAAGACGUGGCCGGUCGGCUGUCGGCGGCCCAGAAGUAAAUGGCAGCUCCUGUCUCGUGUAUGCGGUAGAUGGCGCCACCCUGCCGAGUUGUGCCGUGGUUGUGCGCCGGUAGUCGUCACUAUUUUUGGUUAAUGUUUGUGGUUGGUGACAGCGCUCGAUAAUGAAUUGUUUUGUACGGACUAUGCGAUAUUUCAGUCAUUGAAGUCAGUCUGAACAGGGCUUUGGUCGGGCCUGUAUGAGGCGUCAGAUGCCGGAGUGUUCGUUAGCUUCUAAAGCAUUUUGCAUUUGGACAGUGAUUGCUGGGAUUUGGGCUGACAUUGGUAUUCUGGACAAUAUAUUAUGCUGACCUUGCUA